AUAGUGCUGGGACCGGAACCCUCAGUCAUUCCCAGUGCAUUCCCAGUGAGGAGGAGCUGCCUGUGAGCUCACUGGGGGAGGAGCUCCAUCCUGCCGUCCAUGGAUCUCUGAUCUUUAAAAUUUAACUUGGCUGCUCUGUGUUAAUGAAGGGAAUGAGAUAAUCCCUUGCAGGAUGAGGAGCCAGCACGUGGAAAAUCCGGUCUGUAACUUUGGCCAUGGCUGGUGCAGAGCAUUAGGAUUACAGUGCUGCUGAUAUUGUAAUUAAACAAGACAGGCUUGAUCCGGGGGGCUGGGAUGAAGCAUUUCCGAGUAGAGGUUUGCCUGUGCUUGAUUAUUGGUUGUAUCAUUAAGGAAAACAGAGAACUCCUGGCAAAUACAGUGUCCUGGCACCCUGUGCUGGAUACUGGAACAUUUCCCUGGAGAAGGAAAUGUGGGAGCUGCUCUCUGACAGGCCCACAGGCAUUUGGGGCAGAAAUGAAGUAUCCAGUGCAGAACUGAAAGGAGACACAUGACAGACACCAGCAUGUUCAGGAAGAAUAUUUACUUGCUUUUAUUCUGGCAGGUUGGGGGAAACUGUUAGUAAAUGGGCAAAGGAUGGAGCUGAAACGGCAGCAGUAACCACAGCAACUGUUCCAGGGAGUCUGGGACUACAUUCUGUCAGCAUUCCUUGGAAAACUGAGAGAGCCUGAGGGGGAGCCAGCCCAGGGUCCCGUGGCCAUGGAGCAGUACACGGCCAACAGCAACAGCUCCACGGAGCAGAUCGUGGUGCAGGCCGGGCAGAUCCAGCAGCAGCAGCAGGGAGGUGUCACUGCUGUCCAGCUGCAGACUGAGGCCCAGGUGGCAUCGGCCUCAGGCCAGCAAGUCCAGACCCUGCAGGUGCAGGGGCAGCCGCUGAUGGUCCAGGUGAGCGGCGGGCAGCUCAUCACCUCCACCGGGCAGCCCAUCAUGGUGCAGGCCGUGCCCGGCGGGCAGGGCCAGACCAUCAUGCAGGUCCCGGUGUCGGGCACGCAGGGGCUGCAGCAGAUUCAGUUGGUCCAGCCAGGUCAGAUUCAGAUUCAAGGUGGGCAGGCUGUGCAGGUACAGGGGCAGCAGGGCCAGACCCAGCAGAUCAUUAUACAGCAGCCCCAGACUGCAGUUACUGCUGGCCAGACACAGACCCAGCAACAAAUAGCAGUGCAAGGCCAGCAGGUGGCCCAGGCUGCUGAGGGCCAGACCAUCGUGUACCAGCCCGUGAACGCCGACGGCACCAUCCUGCAGCAAGUUACAGUCCCUGUUACAGGCAUGAUCACCAUUCCAGCAGCCAGCCUGGCUGGAGCACAGAUUGUCCAGACAGGAGCCAACACCAACACCACCAGCAGUGGCCAAGGGACAGUCACAGUGACACUGCCAGUGGCUGGAAACGUUGUCAAUUCAGGGGGAAUGGUCAUGAUGGUGCCUGGAGCUGGGUCAGUCCCAGCCAUCCAGAGAAUCCCUUUGCCUGGGGCAGAGAUGCUGGAAGAGGAGCCCCUCUACGUGAAUGCCAAGCAGUACCACCGCAUCCUGAAGAGGAGACAGGCACGGGCUAAGCUGGAAGCAGAGGGGAAAAUUCCCAAGGAAAGAAGGAAAUACCUGCACGAGUCCCGGCACCGGCACGCCAUGGCCAGGAAACGGGGAGAGGGGGGACGCUUCUUCUCCCCCAAGGAAAAGGACAGCCCUCACAUGCAGGAUCCCACUCAGACCAACGAAGAAGCGAUGACACAGAUGAUCAGAGUCUCCUAACCACUGCUUCCAGGAGAAAAGCACCUGGAUGGAAUUCCCAGACCUCCUGCCAGUCUGUCCUGUCUGUCCAGUGUGUCCAGCAAGUCUUUGAGUGGGACAAUCACCCAGUCACAGCCUGUCCUUUUCUACAGAACAAGCACCACGUGUUCAGGGCGUGGUUGAGAUUUUAACAACAGAAACUUCCAGACUUCCUUGGUGCACUCUCCUGAUCCAGCACAGGGAAUUUGGAGUCUCACUGCUCGUCAGCUGCACCACAGGACUGCAUUUGCCCAGCAGAGACUUAUUUCCAUCCACUCCUGACACCUUUGGACUUCGUUUCCCUGAACUGGUCCCUGUUGUUGCACUUCUGGACCUGGCAGAAACUGAAGGGGAUUCUUUUCAGUUCCACCUUGUAAAUGUGUAAAACAACAAGCUCUUCUCGGGGAAAGGUUCAGCCAUCCAGUCAAUGGUAGAAAUACUCAAGAUUACUGCAGGACUUGGUGUAUUGUGUGUCUGUUCCAAGAACUAAGAUGGGAGAGGGUGAUGUGGGGAGAAGGAUUUCAUUAGUAAAAGCAAUCUCUGGGGGGUUUUUAUAUGUUUAUUGCCAGUAGUCGUUGCUUUGGAAGAAAACUGGAUGCGAGUAUAAAAGUGAUUUAAACUUUUAAGUGAGUCUCUUCCAAAGGGUUUUUUGUUUUAAACCUUCCCUCUAACCUGCCAGUCGAGUGCAGAGUUCCUCCAGAAGACAUCAAAUCCUCAGUCUCAGAGUGUUGGCACUUGAUCAGCUUCAUGAUGGUAUUUCUUGAUGCCCAGAUCCAAUCUACAAUUCUGCAGAGUGAGGGGUGUUCAUUACAGCAGCAGCUGGGGCAGCUCAUCUCAUCCUGAGGUACCUGAAGAACUGUUAACAAAUGAAGGCAGAUACUGAAGAACCUUUCAGGCUUUAUUAUAGGUUAUUCUCUUUAAAACAAAAAAAGAAGUGGCACUUAAUGAAAGAGGAGUACUUAGUUUUAAAAAAAGGGACUUUUUCAUGACCUGCAGCUGGCUUUGGGCUGAGCAACUCCACAAACAGCUUUAGCUUUAAUUCUGUAGCUCAUUCCAGAUUCUCAGCCUGCUCCAUUUUUUCUGCUUUAAAAUGUGGUGAUAGGAGCAGUAGCCAAAAGCAGCUAACAGGUGAAUCUCACAUCAUUCCAUGCCUGUCCUCCCCCACCUUAAUGAGUUUAAAGCUGCUCUGUGUAUCAGGUGCCUGCUGGAGUUCUCAGAUCUUCCAAUUUUUGUGUUCUGUGGUUAAAACUGGAUCACGGUGGUGAAACUUGGGAUUGGGAAUAUUGCCAGGUAAAUAUGAACCUGGACAGGUGAAGCUGCAGAGUGAGGGGUUUUGGGGUUUUUGAGCAAAGCAGCCAAGGGUGGCUGAGACUGGGUGAAGUGCAGUGAACGUUGUUUUCAAGUGGAAAAGGAAGUAAAUGCAGCUUGAAAAAUAAACCCCACAUUAUUUCUUCCCCCUCCCCGCCCACAUUUUCCCAGUUACUGGAAGCUUAUGACUAAAGACAAAGUGGAGGAUAAAUUAGCAAGUUGUGGAUACAAAAGACAGAGCCUUGAAAAUUCUAUUGACUUCGCAUAAAAGAAAAGUACUAAACCUAAGAAUAUGAGAAGGAAGUGAGGGCAUGCAAGAGGAGGGAGCAGAAAUGUGGAGAAAUGCUGGAUGCUACAUUGUCUGCAGGCAGUCCUGGAGGAAGAGGAUGCCUGUCCAGGUACUAGGGGUGACUCCACCUGUGGAAGCAGGUGCCAGUGGAGGAGGAAAUGCAGGUGGGUGUUCAUAAUUGGGCAGCUGGAUGUUCUAAAGGAUUCCAGUUCAUUUUUUUGAAUUCCUAGCUCUCUGUGCCCUCCCCACGGUGUUGAUGGCAUCGUUGGGGCCUUGGGUGCUUCUGCCUUAAAUUCUUGCCCAAUUCCAGCGUGGUGCUGAUUUUCCUCACUUGGCACCUGAAACCCUCACACAGCAUUUCCUGGGAGCUCCCCCAUUUCAGGAACACGCAGCUCCCUUAGGGAGUAACAUAUGCUUUAGUUGGGUUUGCAGCAGCAUUGUAAAUAUUUUUUUUAGAGCAUUUGUACAUUUUGUUGGUGGAAUAUUUUAGUGCUGGAAUAAGAGCCUCUCCGUGAUGUUUCUGCUGUUUAGCUGAUGGUUAAUCUCUGUCCUGAGGGAGCCCCUCUGAGAGCUGGAAAUUGGGAAGCAAGGUUAUUGCUCUGACAUAGUUUUUGUUUUGUUUUGGUUUUUUUUUAAGGAGUAAUUACUUUUCUUAAAGAACUUGUAAGCUUCUUCUAAACAGGUAGAACUUGUUUCCCGAUAAGCCCUUCAUAUCUAGGUUCUCUGAUCCAUUGUUGUAGAAUGUGUAUGAAGACAUGGAUUUGUGUUAUAGAAAGUCUUACUGUUGAUACUUUAAAUAGUGAUGUGACAGCCUGAGUGCUCUGGUCAGAUUUUUGUUUGUUUUGGGUUGUGUAUCACUGCUAAAAGUCCUGUUUACUUGGUGAGACUGGAGUCACUGGUCAACACCACGGUACCAAAAAUGUCUGUUUUCUUUUCUGGGGGAAAUUUGUUAAAUUGGAGACAUCGUCCAGUUCGAACCUGUCUAGUAAUUAAAUGAGAAUUCUUUGUUUAUUGGCUACACUUGAGCAGAAACUUCAGGAGAGAGUAAAAGGGUGAGGAUAAAAGAGGCUCGGGGAGAAAUGCGGUCUAUUGACCCAGAGCACCGAAGCAGUGAACCCCUCAAAAACCAGAUUUAUAUGAGUGUAAAGAGCGGGAUUUGGAAAAAAAUGGCUCUCAAGUGAUGCUAGAUGGGUUUAAGGCCCUGCAUGUUAAAAAGAAGGGAAAAAUAAACUUUUCUUUGUGAAUGGACAGGGGAGGGUCCUGAGGUUGAAGUAAUGUCAGGCAAAGUUUGUAUAUAGUUAAAAGUUUAUAAUUUUUUUUAUAUGAUGCAUUUUUUCAAGUGUAUUUUGGUCUUUAAUAGAUGCAAUUGUAAGUACUGUGUACACUCUCCAGCUAAUAAAAUUUAUAAACCGGGAA